AUGAUAGCUCACAGAUUGUAAACUAUUGAAACAGCACAAAAUGUUAUUUACAUUGGUAAGGAAAAAGAUACUAUUGAGCAGACUAUAAUACAUGCUGAGAAGGGAUCUAAAGAAUAUGAUGAAGUCAUAAAAACUAUUAAUAAAUCAGAAUUCAGUGUGGUGGAUUUAAAUAAAAAUAUACAGCUAAUUUAAAUAAAAGAUCAGUAAAAAAUUAUUGGUCCAAACAAAGUAGAUAAAAAAGUUCUAAUUGAAGAUAAUAACUACAUUCCAAUGUUAAAUGAUAUCAAUGAUCAAGAUUCUUUAAUUGAUGAUAAUACAAUAUCUUAGAAAGAAAAAGAGGAAAUAAAGUAGGUUUAGGAAAUUCAAUCAGAAAUAAAUGAACAUAGUACUUUUGGGACUAUUAUGAAAUUUUAUGGCCCUAAGCAUUUAAUUGCUCUCUCAUUCGUAACAAGUUUCAUCAAUGCUUUUACUUAUCCAGUUAAUGGUUUGAUAUUUGCCAAAGUACUCUUUGUUCUAAUUGAUAAUAAGUAUAAUCCUAACUUUACUCAUGAUAGAAAUUUUUGGUGCGCUGCCUAUACACUUCUUGCUUUAAGCACUGGUAUUUUUGAUUUUUUAAACAAGGGAAUACAUAAACAUCUUAGUGAAAAUCUUUCAUACAAUAUCAGAGUGAAACUAUAUUAGACCAUACUAAAGAAAAAUUUUGCUUGGUUUGAUAAUAAAGAGAGAACUCCAGGAAUUCUUGGAAAUUACUUAGCUGAGGAAGUAAAUAACUUAAAUGGCUUAACAAGUGAGGCUAUCAAUAGUUUUAUAGAGGCCAUAUUUUGUCUAGCAAUAGGUAUCUUUAUAGCUUUUUUUUAUUCUUGGAGACUUGCAUUAAUUGGGCUUGGUGCCUCUCCAUUUGUGGUUAUUGGAGGAAUUGCAUUAUAAUUAGUAAUCUGGAAUAGUGCUAAAAACUAAAAUAAGGUAAAUACCAAAGAUAAAAAAAAGAUAGAUCCUUAUGACCAGGCAAACAGUUUGAUUUCAGAAGUAUUGACUAAUUAUAAAACUGUGAUAAGUUUAGGACCUAAAAAUAUCGAAUUCAUUAUUGGAAAAUAUAAUGAUUUAUUAAAUGAACCAAAAUAAGGUGCUAUUUAGAUCUCUCAUUUCUCAGGGACAAUGUAUGGAUACUCUCACAGCGUAAGAUUCUUAUUCUUAUCCUUUAUGUUUGCAAUGAUGGCAAUGUAUGUUGUACAUUAUCAUGAUGGACCUGAGGAAUGUUUUAUUGCUAUUUACACAAUCAUGAUGGCUGCUCUAUAAUCAGGAAUGUUGGUAUCUCAUGUGCCAUCACUAGAUAAAGCUAAGUAAGCGGCUAAAAAAAUAAUGUCAAUUCUCAAUGAACAAAAUACAGAAUCAUAGGGUCCUCUCACUUUAGAAAAUAAAUUUAUAGAAAAAGGAUUUAUUGAAUUUAAGAAUGUUGGCUUCAAAUAUCCAUCAAGAUAGGAUGCAAUCCUUAAUAAUUUAAGUUUUAAAAUACCAGACGGCAUGAGAGUUGCUGUAGUAGGUCACUCUGGUAGUGGCAAGAGCACUAUCGCUAAUUUGAUACUUAGAAUGUAUGAUGUUGGAAGUGGUAAAAUACUAAUAAAUGAUCUAAAUAUCAAUCAGUUCAAUAUGCAAAAUCUAAGAAAGUAAAUAGGCUAUGUUAUGUAAGAACCAGUCCUAUUUGAUAUGAGCAUCAAAGAAAACAUUAAAUAUGGUAACUCGACUGCCACAGACAUUGAAGUUAGACAUGCAGCUGAACUAGCGAAUGCAUUAACUUUCAUCGAGGAUGAAAACCUUAUGAAAUCAAUGAGCGAAUCCGAUGAAGUUCUUCCAAUCGAAGUUGAUAUUUAAGACAUUAUUUCUAAUGAAAUUGUUGCUUAGAAAUUCCCUUCUCUUUUCAAUUAAAUAUAAAGAAUGCAAAAAGAGGGCUAACUCAGUUAAAGCCAAAUUUAGUUAAUUAAAGAAAUCUUAACAGUUGGAGAUUAGUCAAUAAUUGAUAUAAUUAGAACACGACAAGACAUUAUUGUUAAAACUAUAGAAGAAUAUAAACCUGAAUAAAAUCAAAAAGACUUGGAGCUGUUUGUAAGAAAACUUGCCUGGAAUGUUGAAGUUGCUGAAAUAAUGAGUUAUUUAGAAAAUAUAAAAGACAUUUCAGAGAAAUAUAGUGGCCUUAUGCGUUUUUAAUAAUAUAUUAGCUAAAUCAAGAAUGCAAUAAUCAAUAAUUAAAACUAAUUUGAUCUAGAAACUGUUAAGGAAUUCCUAAAUUAAUUAAAGACUAAGGAUUUAACAACAGAGGUUUAGCUUAGUAAUUUAAUAAUUGAAGAAAAAAAUCAGCAAAGAAUCUAAAUGAAAAACUAGCUACUUAAAUGCCAAAUAAAUUAGAUAUAACUCUGCAGAAAAUCAAUUGAAAAUAAUCAGUUCGAAAGUCUUCACAAAGGCUUUUACAAGAAAUGUGGUGCCAAAGGAUCUAAGCUAUCUGGUGGGCAAAAACAAAGAAUUGCGAUUGCCAGGGCUCUGAUUAAAGAUCCCAAGAUAUUGAUUUUAGAUGAAGCUACCUCUGCUCUUGAUGAACAGUCCUAGGAAUAAGUCUAAAAGGCUCUUGAUACAGCUAUGGAAGGUAGAACAUGCAUUUUUAUUGCUCAUAGAUUGAGCACUAUUUAAAACUGCUAAUGGAUUUUUGUAAUGAAUAAAGGCGAAAUUGUGGAAUAAGGUACUUUUAAAGAACUCUCAGAAAAUGACUAGUCAUAUUUUAAUAAGCUUAAAUCAGGUAUGGAAUCUUGA